AUACUUGCUUCUCGGGAGUGAUCGGCGGUGGUGUCGGGAGUGGCUCGAUGCUGUUGGCAGAUGGAAGGUGGAUGAUGCCAGCGAACCGUGGAGCGAGGGCGGCGGCCGAGAAGAGGGAGGCGCUGCCGGUGCUGCGCACGCCUGGGGUAUCAGCCAAGCAGGGGUGGCGGAAGCAGGGCCGUCUGCAUUUGCAGCGAGGUCACUGGUGCGAUCUGCGGGCGAUGACGGAAUAUGAGCUGAUGCCAAUGGCCGCAGCAGCAACAACAACAGCAGCAACACCAUCACCGUCAGGGAUGCAUCCGGUCGCUGCAAUGAUGCUUCCAAUCAGCCCCUGCCCUGGCCCCGUGGUCCUCACAAUGGACAGAUGGCCGUGGCGGCAUCCGAGUCCCGGCAGCAGGCUCGCAGCCGCGCGAGACAGCCAUGCCGAUGGGAGGGGGCUUUUUGUACCGACCGAGUCUGCGCAACUUGGAGAAAGGACCAGCUCGAGCAUUGUCGGCUCCAGCAGCACGCCCUGUCGACCGUCCUGUCUCUGCAUCCCCAACCCGACAAGCAGCGCCGUUCCCACGAUGCGGCCGCCACACGACCUGCACCCGGAUCUGGCUCCACCCGUAUCGACCUUGGCCGUGGUGGAGGAGCGAUUCAGGCCGCAGGAAGCGGAUGAGCUCAAGAAGCGCCUCGGCACCUCGCUCGUGUCGAAGCUCGAGGAUAUGCAUCGCGAGCUGGCCCUUCUGAUCUCGAUAUACACCGAGUACCGGCUCGAGACAGAGCAGAGCCGAAGCCGAAGCUUUGACCUCAUCGAAUCGACCUUCCAGCGCGACAUGGUGCUGGACAAGAUACAGAUGCUGCUCGUCAAGCUGAAGAACGGAGCAUCCGAGACAGAAACCCAGGACUCUUCGAUAGUGAAAUACGUAUUGGCGAGCGAAAAGACCAAGAGACCCAGACAGUUUGUCGCACGCCCGUCAUCGCGACUCAACGACAAUGAAUUGGAUCGCAUCUUCCACACGAUCGACAGAGUUGAGGAUCCCCUGGCACUGCUCGAGAUGGAUGUCGUCGUUGACGAGCUAAGGGAUAUAUUGCUUGAAGAACAGCAUACUCUCGCCAGCCACAUAGCCUGUCUUUACGACGAUAUUGACAACGAGCGCGCGAUCCGCUGCAACACUGCCGAGCUGAGUUGCCUGAGCUCACCCAGCAUGCAAGAGCUGAUCAAGUUCAGCGAAAAGCUGGAGGUGAGACUGGAAUGCAAGCCCUGCUUCUAUACUCCGUCGUCGGCUCGCCUGGCGUACGUGUCAACAACGCUGUUGAUUCCAUGCAUCAAUGUCCGCAAUCCUCGUCAUACAGCUCCAAAUGAGUUACAACAGCAGCCAUUUUUCCCAUCUUCCAUCGAUGAGGAGGCUCGAUCCCGUGCUUUCGCCAGUGGGCGGCGAUCUUGGCGAUGGUGCUGUUACCGUGCACCAAGACCAGCUGUGCAGCCAAGAUGUCGAGUUUGAUAGCAUGCUCAGGGAGCUCGAGGAGCUCGAUACACCCAUCCCGCCGCCGCCCAAGAUCGUCGAAUCGGUUUCAGAGUCCCCACCAACACAAGGCCAGAGCCGUCAGGACGAUUCAAAUCGGAAUGUUGAUGGCCAGCCAGGGCAGCCGU